AUGCUUCAUGCUGAAAGUAGAGUAAGGCUCUUGGAGUGUCAGGAUGAAAUCACAAUUGAACCAUGUUCUAAAAAAAUGAAGUCAACAGAAGGGGCUUACGAGAAGCUCUCUGAUGAUGAUAACCAAGGUAUUCGAGAGGAAGUGGACACUGAGAGAACAUCAAAUGAUUUGAUACCAGCGUUUGCCUCAGAUAACCAAGGGCAACAUGAAAUGCAGAAGCAAGAGAAAAUACCUACUGGUAUCUUGGGAACACUGAGUGAAGAGCUCCCUGAAUAUAAUCUAGUGCUUAGUCAGCCAAUUGAUUCAGAAACUGUGCAGAAUGUAAAUCUUCCAUUUGCAUCAAUAAAUGACACUGAAGUUGAAGAAAAGAAAGGCCCUUUUAUUACAAACAGUGCUGGUGAAGAUAAUAUUAGAAAUAGCAGUACAUCAUUCUCAGUAAAUAGAAAUGCAUCAGAUGAAGAGUUUUUUACAAGCAAAGAAUUUAUCGGACCGAUUUACAAGCCUGCCGAAAGUAACAAACAGGACAAAUCUGGCAGUUGCAAUGAACGUAAAAGCAGCGAGGGAGAUCAGAAUGAAUUGGAUGAAAACGGAGCUAAAAGAAAGGAGGCAAAGAAGAUGCAGACUAUUUCUUCUGCUGUACCAGAAAUAGAUGAUGAACUAGACCAGUUCUAUAAAGAAAUUCACCAGCUGGAAAAUGAAAAUUUAGAUACUAAUUUUCAGGAAAAAGAAACUGAAACUUCUCAGGAACAAUACUCUCCAUAUAACUGUAGUCAAACGUCACAAGAGGAUUAUCAACAUGUAUUGUUGGGCAGCCCACAACCAUUUUAUGAGAAUGGACAGUGUUUCUUUGGGGAACAGAACAGUCAGAAAACAAGCAAUGAGCAGCAGUUUGUUGUAGAAACAAGUGGCUGGAAAACUGAAAAUACCUUUAAUGGACAAGUAGAUUCUAAAUAUUGGAACUACUCAGUGCCUGAAUUCAGACCUGCUUGGCAGUUAACAGAGUCUUUCAUAGUACCUCAGGGACCUCUUCCUCCUAGAUUCAACUAUCAAUCGCAUUUUCAGAUACUUAAUUCCCCACCACAAAAAACAAAUGCUCUCCCUUCUCAGAAUGGUGAACUUUCUUACAAAAAUUAUCAUGGUUACCAUGGAAAUACCGAUAUCAACAGCCAUGGUCCAUUGCUUGAUCAAAGUACCAACUAUGCUGGUCAUAUUGAUAUCCAUGCUACUCAGGUCUUCAGAAAUGGAAAUAAUGACCAGAACGGACUCCGAAAUAAUGACCAGAAUGGACUCCAAAAUAAUGGUUUCUGUGAAACCAGAGAAGAGUGUUGGAAGGAUCCAAAAGCUGACAAUACAGAAGGAAUGCACAGCUUUUCUUCCUUGCAGUUACCUGGAGAAAGGUUCGGUUGUUCACAGAAAUUGCUCCUAAUCUUAAGAGGCCUACCUGGUUCAGGGAAAUCAACACUUUCUCGUAUUCUGCUUGGUCAAAGUCGUGAUGGCAUUGUAUUCAGCACCGAUGAUUAUUUUCGUCAACAAGAUGGAUAUACAUAUAAUGCUGCUCAGCUUGGUGAUGCCCAUGACUGGAAUCAGAAGAGAGCAAAGCAAGCAAUGGAGCAGGGAAAAUCUCCGGUUAUAAUAGACAACACUAAUACUCAAGCCUGGGAAAUGAAGCCAUACGUGGAAGUGGCUCUAGAAAAGGGAUACAGAGUGGAGUUCCAUGAGCCAGAUACUUGGUGGAAGUUUGAUCCUGAAGAAUUAGAAAAGAGGAAUAAACAUGGGGUCACCCGUGAGAAGAUUGCUCAGAUGUUGGAACGAUAUGAAUAUCAAAUAUCCAUACCUAUUGUCAUGAAUUCAGUGGUACCUCCCCACAAAAACACUCAAAGGCCACCUCUGCAGCGAAGACAUAGGGAGACGUUUUUAAAGGAGAACCCUGGGCACCUGUUGACAAAAGCAAAGCAGAGGAAAAAGCGAAGAAGAAACAAAAAAAUGAAAGGCAAUCAUACAGAAAUGAUGAAGAAGAAGUUAGGCAGAGCAGCUCAUCAUCCAGUUCCAGAUGACCAGGACACAUCAGAAAGCGAAGAGGAUGAUUCAGAAGAAGAAAACAGCAAAUUAUUGUGUACAUUCAGUGAAGGUCCGGAGGAUCCAGUAACAGUUUGUGAAGAGCAGCCUAAUAGUGAUGAUGAAAGCCUAAAAGAAGCUGCAGUGGUUUCAAGAGAAAGGUUUCCCGUUGCUGUGUCUGAGGUCUCAACGAUGUUGAACAGUGCAUUGAAAAAUGAAUUGCCUGUAGAAAGUGACAGUUCACUUCUAAUAGAUGUAAAACCUUUUUCUACUGAAGACCUAACCAAAAAUGCAUUUGUUGAUGAGGAAACAAAUGAAAGGCACAAAGAAAAUCUUUGCAGAAGCAGUUUCCUAAAAAUAAGCAAUGAUAAAAAUUCCAUCCAGGAAACAGAAGGCAUCUCUGGAGAUUAUAACACGCCACUGUUAAGCAUGGAAAACAAACUUGGAUCAUAUCAAAUUACAUGUGAACCUGACAUGGAAGCUAAGCUGUUAAGUGUAAAUGGUGAAGAAAAAGAAAUCUCUCGGUGUUACAAUUCAAUCCUACAUGAUAAUGUGCGUGAUGAUAACACGGAGGACAAAGGUGCAUUAAAAGCAGAAGAGAAUAGCUCCAAUGCCUGGGCUUUUUUUUCAGUUAGUUUACCUACUGAGGAAUUGCAGCUGGGCUUUGAUACACAAGUUUCUCUCUCUUCUUGGUCUGAGGAUAAAUUUGUAAGUGAACAAAGACCCCCCAAAAUGAGGAAACCUAAACAGACUCACAUGAACAGUUCAACACAGCUAAAUUGCUAUCAGUCAAAUGAAGGAUUGGUAAAGGAAAACCAUCAGGUAACAGUAACUGAGGAAGCUGGUCAUAUAAUAAGCGAAGGUCUAUCGGCAUCUCCAGCUGGUGAAGUGCACUUUGAUUCCCUUGUGGAAGCCAGGGCCACCUUCGUGCAGUGUUCGAGUGAAGUAAAUGUUCCAAGAAAUGACGCUGCACCAAUUACAUCAAAGAGGAAAAGGUAUAGAAGAAUUGUCAACUUGGCACCGAAGUUUAAUCUACCACGACAGAUUGCUGGUAGUACAGAGGGAGGAAAGGAAGUCCCAAGAAAAGAUGAUGUUCCCCCAAAAAGUGUUUUAGAAGUGGAGCAAAAGAGCUUUCUAAGCAAGGACCGUGGAGAGGAACGUGAGCAGAACCGUGCAUUGCAGGAAUAUUCUGCACCUUACAGUGGCACCGAGGCAACCUAUUCCUUACCCACCCUGGAUGCAGAUGCUCUGUUACAUGAUAUUUCUUACAUUCAUUCGGGACAAUCUUCUCCUAUGCCAAAAUAUUCCUGCAGGGUUUGUGUCGUUUCCAGGACGAAGGAGGAGCAAGCUAGAACUCUUAAGCAACAACAGGUAGUUGAUAAAAAAGAGGGCGAAAGUGAACAAGUUUCUUCGGAGGUUACAAAUAGCCAACCAGAUAUUUUGUCUUCUGUUAAAGUUGUUUCUGAAUAUCCAGAAGAUUCUAGUAUAUUGACAAGCUGCGGUGAAAAUGUGCACGAAGCAGGUGACCCUGAGCCAGCAGAGGCCUCACAACAUGAAGAUAAUCCAGAUGUGAAUAAGAAAUAUAGUUUUCUGGGACUUCCCUUAUCAUUAGGAUUUGCUUUUCAACUUGUGCAGCUCUUUGGUUCUCCAGGUCUUCCACUGGAAUCCUUGUUGCCAGAUGAUUAUAUAGUUCCUCUUGACUGGAAAGUUUCAAAGAUGAUCUAUUUACUGUGGAAGACCUCUGUGGAGGAGAAACAAAAAACAAAUGGAUUGCCGAAUGGAAGCGCCUUGGCUGAUGAUAGUAUUAGUUUUGAAGAUCUAAAUAAAAAUGGCCAAGAGAACCAAGACUCUUCUGAAACACUUCCAGAAAUGGAGCUGUUUCAAGGGGUGAGAGAGGAGAACAUCAUGACCUAUGCUAGUGCUGGUGGCUGUCUGGAUGCUGAGUUUCAUCAGUCGUGAUUGACCAUCUUAAGUUCUGCAUGAAGGAAAAGAAACUUCUCACUGAUUUCACCAUGGAAGGACUUCAGUUGGCCACCAAUGAUUUGAAAUGUGAGGAAUAACCUGGAAGAAAAUAACCACUGUAGAUUUUUGGUGUGAAUCUUCGGCCAUCUUUCCCCCCACAGCCCCCCAAUAUCAACCUCUCU